AUGAGAAAUGAUAAAAAAGAAAAAACCUUUACAUCCAAUUAUUAAAUGAGAGAGCAACCAUAAUUUGAUAAAACUAACUUAAAAUCAGCCUUACAAAAAAAAAAACUUAAUUCAUUUAUAAGGUAUGAUAGUAUAAAAUGUAAAAAUGUUACAGAAAUUUUAUGCAUUAGAAAUAGAUUUCAAUUUAUAUUUAGAAUGGUUUCUAAGAAAUUAAAAAGACUGUAUAAAUACAAUUUAUUACAGGAUUCCAAAACACUUAGCAGACUUACUUAUUUAUUGACUGAAAGAGGAACUUUAGACCUUAGUAAAAUAGAAAAAAACUCUCAUGCUCAUAUUCAACUUGGAGAAAUUCAUGAAUCCUGCUUUACUAAAUCAUCAUAGCCCAAAUAGAUACUUAGUAAAUCAUUAGCACAUUGA